GUUUCAAAGAUUCUUAUUUCGCUUAUUUAUGUAAAUGGCAACAUCAUAUUAUAGAGUUUCAUUCCCGACUCUUACUUUUCACCUUCUUCUCUAGUGAAUUAGAAUAGAAAUUAGAGUAAUUCACUCGAUGUGCUGAUACAUAGCGCACGUGCUCUGGACUCUGAGAGAAGUACCCCAACUCCAGUAAAGAUGGUCGUCAUUAUAGGACUGGAAGGAAGCGCAAACAAGUGCGGAAUAGGUAUCAUCCGAGAUGGAGAAGUCCUAUCAAAUCCAAGACGGACAUAUAUCACUCCUCCUGGCCAAGGCUUUAUUCCUCAUGACACAGCUAAGCACCAUCAGGUAAAGAGGCUAUUACAGGUGUUAUUCUUUGUGUUAUAUUAUCUAUAUGUCUCUUUCUCUGGGAUUCUCUCUUACUUGGAAGAAAGAGCGGAUAAACUUCUCAAAACAGGUCAGUACUCCAAGGCGGACCUUUGCUUCUCGCUGCAGGAGACAGUGUUUGCCAUGUUGGUGGAGACCACAGAGCGGGCCAUGGCUCACUGUGGCUCACAGGAGGUCCUCAUCUGUGGGGGUGUUGGCUGCAAUGAGCGCUUGCAAGAGAUGAUGGGGAAGAUGUGUGAGGAGCGAGGGGCUAAACUAUUUGCCACCAACGAAAGCUUUUGCAUUGACAAUGGAGCCAUGAUUGCUCAGGCUGGGUACUGCAUGUUCCAGUCAGGUAUUACUUCUACGUUAGAUGACACGUGGGUUACACAGAGAUUUAGAACAGAUGAUGUUCCUGUUGCUUGGAGAAACUGAGUUAAGACUGAUGUGUGUUUCUAAUAAAAUUUUAUUAAUGAAGUACAUUUGUGAUAGGCAUUUGGUAUGAAAUACAUAGAUACCUAUAGAUGCUGGUUUUGACUUUUUUUUUCUACAAUGGGUUGG